AUAUGUACGAUGGCCCGACGUGGUGGCGGUCUUGGCAACUAGCUUAACUUUUCAAACGCACACCGCUAAUAUAAUCACAGAGGUGUGAUGCCUUGGAAGAAUCGUUUGUCGUGUUUCGCAGUGAUGGUAAUUCUGACGCUCUUUAAACUCUGUAAUGGACAAGCUGUUGAGGCCGAUACGCGGACGCCUGUUCAGGGCAGCCAUCAUCUCAGUAGUGUGGUGUCUGGUUUUAAACUUGAACCUGCGGCCCAAGCAAGACCCGGUUCACUCACCUUCAAAUUUGACCAACAGGAUCACCUGAAUUCGACUAACGUACUGCAGAAUGUUUUGACCGCAAAACUGAAGCGACUGGAUCCAUCAGUGGAAUGCAGCAGCAGUCAAAUGACUCUGACAGUCAAACGCAUUGGAACUCCACAUUUUCUGGUGGAUAAUGGUGAGGUACCUCUUACUCCUUUGUCUCAGAUGCCCUCCACAUGUGGUUUCUCUAUGAAGAGGUACCGCAGAGAUGUACAGUAUGCUGCAAACUAUCAGGGCUGCAAUGUUAACAAGCAAGAUGAUGAUUAUGUCCUGCCACUGCAUUUAUGGGGUACACCGAUGACCAUGUCUUGUCCUGCAACAUUGCCAUCGCCCUCUAUUUUCUGCUUUCCAUCUCACAUGGUGGUUAAGCUUGGUGGUGUUGCAGCAAAGGAUCUCAAAGUAAAGAUGUCUGGUAUGUGGCAGCCCCUGUCAAUGACAUGCAGCAGUUGUGGACUGACUUUUGAAGAGUUUUCUGGAGAACUGGCACUUUCUGCACCCUACAAUGGAGGCCCAUGUGUAGAGGUUGAGGAUGAGGAGCAUGUAAUUUCCCUUCGGUGGGGAGAUUUUGAGCUCUCAGCAGCAUGCCCUCCGGUAUCCAACACUGACCCUAUAAUGGGAACAAGUCCACCACCUAGUGACAAUAAUCAAGCCCUGCAGCAUCCUCAGUACUCCUAUUUUCCUAUGUUUUCACAAUUCCUAGAGCCCCAGACCUCAGAAAGUCCAGCUCCUGUGGCACCACUGCCACAUCCACAGCUCCCCUUUGUUGCUGCAGAUGCAGCAGAAAACCAAGAAGUACCUGCAGCUCAGCAUCCUUCAUUUCCAUUCAUGCCACAAUUUCCUCAGUUUUUUGUGUUUCCCAGAUCUGAUUUACCAAAACAGCCUUCUGCAAAUCAGAAUACCGCUCCUCAACAGGUCCAGUUACCUCAGGUGUCACAGUCUCCUCAGUAUCAAGUCCCUUUUUUUCCACAAUUCCCCAUGGUACCUGCAAUGUUCCCAAACCCAGCUCCUCCUACUACCAUCACAGAGGCUUUGGUAACCACACCAUCACCACCUACAGGAAAGGAGAAGCCUCAAGUUCCCAUACAGCCACAGUUUCCAGUGCCUCAAUAUCCCUUUCUGCAAUUCCAUAAACACCCAUCUUCCCCAGGGGAAAAAAGCAAAGUUAUUGCAGAUCCCAAAUCUGUAAUCCAACAGUCCACACCACAAUACUUGAAUCCUCAAACCUUCCAAAUCCCUGUGUUGUAUCCUCCCCUUAAUUAUCUGUCUUCAAGACAAAGUUCUCAUAUGCAAGCACCUGCUCCCACCUCAGCAAUAAGUCCAGCCCCCACUGAGAAGCCUGCGUCUUAUCAACCACACCCUUUUAUGCCAGUAUAUCUGUUCCCUAAACAAGCUCCUAUGCCUGUAUUUCUCAAUCCUCCAGGCAUGGAGCCUUCAAACCCAGCUUCAUCUGAUCAGCAUGAACAUCAGCCUAUCUACCAAGCUGUGCCGCCAUUCUAUUCUUUCCUUCCUAAUCAGAGGCAAAUGGCGCUUGAAAGAAGUUGAUGACUAUACUGUUUAAGGGGCCCAAGAGCAUCACAGGUUGUGGAGAUGUCACGAAUUCCUGCUGAAUAAGACUAUCUCCAACAUGUGUUUGGAACAGGAAUUUGAAAUGUAAAUAACAGGGGAAUAAAGAGAGAAGGCAGUUGCAAAAAAUA